GCUAACUUCACAGACAUACGACGUUUGUGCUUCCAUACUGUAUUCAGUCUAGGCUAUUAUAAUCUGCUGAAGAAAAGAAUUAAAGAUUUGAAAUUUAUCUUUUGAGUGAUUUGGUCGUCUGUGAUCUGAAACUUCUUGACAUUUUCAGUCAGUUACAAAGCCAUUUAAUUUCCGUUCUCUUAAGAUGUCAAAAAAUCCAUUUGUAAACUGUAAGUCACGUAGACGAAGAAAAGUCAGAGUUCCGAUCAACAAACCAAAAGAGAAGUUAUUUUGCCCUCGAACUAUGAUACGUUAUGAUAAUUCACCCAACGAAUACAGUACUAAAUGGGUUUGUAAAAUGUGCUUAAAAUGUAUAUUGAGCGAAGCAGCUGUUGUAAACCAUUUGACCACUUGCAAUGCAUUAGCUGAUCAAGAUCUCCCUAGUUUACCUAAAAAAAAUGAAGAUACUCGUUACAUUUGUGAGUUUUGUAACAAAGUAUUUUCACGACGRGUUACGCUAAAGAAGCACAUGGAAGAACAUGAAAAAUCAUCAAGCAGUGUUAACUCAGAACAAUCUGACGAUGAAGUUGAUGAUACUUUAAUAACAAAUAAUGCAAAUGAUAGUAACAACAAACCUGAAGAAAAAAAUCGAUGCAAUAGCAUUGAUUUGAUUUAAUUUAAUUGUAUUUCUUUUGAUUUUAAUUUUGAGUUAAAUAACAUUUUUUUUAUAAUUUCUAAAA